UCGUUUUUAAGUGGCCCAAACAUUGUGGAGCGUGUGUGCAGCGCUUUGUAACUGCAAGGAAAAGGCGCUAUAUCAAAUAUCUUUUGGAUUGGAUUGGAUGGACACUGACAUGUGGUGCCUUUGUUGGAUGAGUUUCUAGUUUUAUUCUUUGCAAACUCUUGGAACAAGACCUGCAGUGGCUGUGUAAUUUAACCUUCUGCACGAUUCAUUGAGCGGUUACCGGUACUCUAAGAUAUUUCGCAUUUGCUGAAUGAUUUGUAGCCUUUUGCUACAAGACGUGUGCAUAUCAUCUGUAACCCACAAGUCACUACCCAGAAGUCACUACAUUGAAAAGAAAAAAAGUUUGUUUUUUUUCCCAUUAGAAAAGAAAAUGGAUCAGAAAGGAAAGAAAGAUGAGCAGAUAAGUAAGGCAGAGGAAGAAAAGGAAGAAGAAAGUUUUGCUGGGAUGGAGAAUAAAGAGAAGGAGAUAGAAACAAGAGAUAUGUCUAUGGAGGAAGAUACGCUUGGAGAGGAGGAGGAGCAGGGAGAUGGAGAGAAAGAUAAACCAGAAGAAUCAAUGGAAAAGGAAGGAAACAGUUUUGAUGGAAUGGAGAAUAAAGAGAAGGAGAUAGAAGCAAGAGAUAUGUCUAUGGAGGAAGAUACGCUUAGAGAGGAGGAGGAGGAGGGAGAUGGAGAGACAGGUAAACCAGAAGAAUCAAUGGAAAAGGAAGGAAACGGUUUUGAUGGAAUGAAGAUUAAUGAGAAGAGGAACGAAAUAAAAAUUAUGGAGGAAGACGAAGAAAGGGAAGGGGAAAUUCUUGAUGCGAUGGAGAAUAAAGAAAAGAGGAUAGAAACUACAUCUGUUAAGAAAGAUACCCAUAGAGAGGAGGAGCAAGCAGAACCAGAAGAAUCAAAGGAAAAGGAAAGAAACGGUUUUGAUGGAAUGAAGAUUAAUGAGAAGAGGAAAGAAAUAAAAAUGAUGAAGGAAGACAUAGCGGAAGAGGGAGAAAGGGAGAAAGACAAAAGAGAAGAAUCAGACAGUUUUGCUCAAAUAGAGGAGGAAGAGAAUGAAAUGGACAAGAAGGGUGCGCAGAGUGAAAAGGACAGGAAAGAAGACGAGAAGAACGUGGAAACAGAAGAAGAGAAAGACGAAGAAGACGACAGUUCAAUAGUUACUAUUCCAUCUUGGAUCUUUGAAGAUGCGAAUAGCCAGCAAGAUGAUGUUACACGAGGAGCCAGUCGUUCAUCAUCGACCGAAGUUAAGAUGGAGUCUCCCCGAUGCAGAUGUUGCUCCUCGUGGCAUCCCUGGUUCUUCAUCGGUCUAGGGUGGCUACCCAUCAUGGUCGGACUCCUUCUCUGCCUCAGCAUCGUCAUUCCAUACUGUAUAGCUGUUGGCUUAAAACACGUGUCACCGGGGUUCCCCUAUAUCAGUGACUCAGGAACCUUACCACCAGAAAGCUGUAUAUUUGGACAGUUAUUAAACAUGGCAGCCGGGCUAGGUUUUGCAGGUAUAUACGUCAGAUACAAGCAGGUCGAGUUCUUAUCAGAAGAUUAUGGUUCAAGAAGAAAAAGAAUGCUGCAAGUCAACAAAAUAGGCCUUAUGGUUGGGGCCACUGCAAGCUUUGGAAUGUCAGUUGUUGCUAAUUUUCAGAUUGGCAAUGUCAAAUCGAUCCAUUUUACCGGUGCCUUUCUUCUCUUCGCUCCCGGGGCUAUGUACGGUUUCUUUCAAUCCUGGCUCUCGUACAAGAUGCAUCCUCAACAUGCCUCUAUCCUCGUCUGUCACAUUCGUCUUUUCCUGUCAGUCAUCAUAGCCCUCUUCUUUGCUUCCUGUAUGAUUUUUACUCUACUUGCUCAGGAACUGACGACUGUAAAAAAAUUAAAUCUUUUCUGGGUACUUGCAGAUGGGGGUUACGCUGAGCACAUAGUAGCGACCGUCUCUGAGUGGGUUGUGGCGAUCGCUUUUCUACUUUACUUCUUCACCUUCAUCAGGGAUUUUCAGAAGAUAAACCUCCACGCCGAGAUCAAGCACCAUCUCGGCUACGAUGCCCUGGUCGAAGCCAACAGCUAUCCCCCAGUGGCCAACUACGACAAUAGCUUUAGCGGGGCUCUGUAAAUAAGCCAUCCUCUGUGAGCCAUCCGUCGGAGCAGCGCAAGUGCGGUAGGGUUCAACUUUACCCAUUUGAAAGUCGUUUUUUCUUGGGAUUUGGUUCAAUAGGGGAAUGUUAACCAUCUGGACCCUAUUUCACGAAACUUGUCAUCUGUGACUAAUGACUAUUUUUGUUAUAAGCUAGUGAAAUCCUUGCUUCUGAUUGGUUAUCAGCAGAUUGGUCACUGAGCUUUGUCAUUUGUCAUUGAAAAAAAGGACUUUGAGAAACUGGUCCUUGUUGUAAUAUUCCAGUAUGGUCCAUUGAAAUACACAUAUUGUUCUUACCAAUUUCUUAUUUUCUUAGGGAAUGUAUGUACGCUUCAAUGGGGCACUUUGGGCUGUCUGCUAUUUACGACUCGUGUGUGAUAGGGUUGAAUUCCUAGAUGGAAAGCUAAUAUUUCUUUGGGAAUGGCUUUAAUGGGGUGUUUUGAGCCGCGAUACACCACUUAAGUUUACUUUGAUUUAUUUUAGCGCCUUUCCGUCUCAUUCCCAAAUCGUAAAACAGGUUUACUUCAAAUCUUCAAAUAAUUGCCAGUCUUGAGUGUACCAGUACACUUCUGGCUACUUUGCAAUAUACAUGUAUCUGAAAUAAUGUUCAGUUUUGAAUAUGAUGUUUGUUUAUAUAUACCAACUCCUACAAGGCUUGCCCAUUGUAUUGUGAGAAAAAGGAAAAAGCGAUUUUGGAAAAGAAGACAAUUUAUGUUGAAAGAGAAAAAAACAUUUAAAUUUAUUUUAAAAAUUAUUUUCACUUGUUUAGAAAAAAAAAAUCACGCAAAGUUUGAGAUGCAUUGGCAGUACACACCAUUCCGGGGUAAAUACGACUCACAGGAUUUUUAUAUUACAAAUGAGGUGUACAAUCUACAUACUGCUUGCAGUGCAAAAUUGUCCCAUAUUUUGUCCAUGUACUAGAACAUGUUUUUUUUUUUGCUUUUGCUGCAAGAGAUAAGAUUGAAAUGCCAAUGUGACGAACAGUACCAAUUUGAUUUUUCUUUUUAAAGUAAUUUUUCUGAAAGAUAUGAAAAUUUUACCCUGAACACUCAUGUUUCAUGAAACUGUCUUCAGUACAAACUUGUAUGAAUUCUUUUUUUU